AUGAUAUAUACUUCCGAUAAAAGCAUUGGUCUCAAAGAAGAGACCCCUUUAUCGGAUUGUAAAGAUGUUGACACAAAAAGCUUAUCAGAUAUUCAUCUGAUGCUUACUGCUUCAGACGGUCGUAAGGAUGUUAACUCUACAUCCUCCUUUCAUAUAAACUGUAAGAAUCCGUUGGAUUAUAGGUCAAAGUCUAAAACCUCAACUUUAGAUUUAAGAGGUAAUGGGCUAUUUGUAAAGGAUCACGAUCUUUGUUUUAAGAAUGACUCACUUUUACGCAAUGUUUCGACGGAUAUAGGAUCCGUACGUUCACGUCUUUAUGACGAUAACGAAUUUAGAGAUUACGCAAGGGCCACCAUAAAUGAAAUCAACAAUAGAGAUUUACGGUCUAAUGAUGGAAGAAAUUUAUCUAGGUUGAUCAAUGUUGUAAAAAGUGAAGAUACCCUUACAGAGAGAAAGGGUGGGCUUACAUGGAUUAGAACAGGCGAUGACUCACAACUACCAUAUAUAGAGAACACUUGGCUAAAACACAUGAUUAGAAUGCUACAGUCAGAUAAACAAGCAUUAGUUAGUUUCUUUAGGAACUUGGAAAAAUGCCUAUAUGAUGCAGUUGUAUUCUUGUACAAUGAAGGUAUAAAGCCAUACUUGGGUGACGUUGCAAACCAAAUGAAGAGGUCUAUUGCAGACAACUUUUGGAGUGCAGCAGAGGUUGCAUAUGUAUCUCUACACUGUCGUGAUGUUGUCGAAUUAAGAAUUGAACUACGUGUGAAGGGUGAAAUGGGUUGGGUUGUAUAUUUGCUAAAGGAUCCUCCAAAUUUCAAGGGGUUUGUAGACACACAUAGUACAGUUGAUGUUUAUUCGCCAUACCAUUGGCGUGCUUUAAACAAAUUUGCGGUUGAACUUAUGUCUGUCUCAUCCUCUGAGAAUUCACCUGCCUUUAGCGGAGGGCGAUAUGCAUUUGCAGAGAGGUUAAAGGAGAAAGUGGAAGCAUUUAGAAAUAUGAGAUUAGGUGAAGUUGUACACUUGGUACAACUUGCAAUUUAUAGUGGAGUUUUUGUGUACGCACAAAGAAUACUGCUACCCGUUGCCGCAUGUGAAAAGACAGCUGAAGAACUUUUUCCAAAACCAAAGAAAAUACGUCACCCAAUUUGUUCUUCUAUGGAUGAGGUAUUAAGGAUUGUCUCUCUUUUGGUUGAUAAUAGAAGAAAUGGAUUAGUUUUGGCACAGUUGAAACAACAAUUUAUGUUACAAUAUAAUAGAGAAUUAAAUCCUCUAUCUUUUGGGUUUAGGAAAUUACAAAACCUCCUUUUGUCUGAUGCGUUUAGUGCAUAUUAUAACUUAUUUGUUCCAAUCGAUAGUCCUCAUAGGACGCAUAUUCAGCACAAGAAAUAUCCCAUACCACCAGGUUGUAGGAUUUUUAAGCAAUCAAAACUGGCAUUUGAUCCUACAAAAUUUUCAUCACCACUGGAUGACUGGUAUGAUGAACCUUGUGUCAAUUUUUCUGUGGAUUCUUUCCCUUCAAAUCUAAAGUACACGCUAUCCGUUGUCCUAGACGAUUCCACUCAGGACUGCCCACACAACAAUGGCAUUACGUGUGACGCUUGA